GCGAUGGUGCUGAUGGUGCGACGAGUGGUGCUGGUGCUGGUGCUGGCGCUGGCGAUCGGCGUCGCUGCGCAGUCGCCGUCAACCCUGGACAGCUACGCGGUGGUGCAGGACCCGGCCGUGCCAGACGGCGCCGCCGGACGAUACGACACCGAGUUCACGACGCAUGGCGACCCGCGGUACCUGCUGGUGGCGUCGCGCCUGGUACGGGCCCGGCACCAUUUACCGGGCACUGGCGGCGCUCCUAACGCCGGCUGGCAGCGCGCUCACCGACCGGCUGCGCUACCCGCUGACCGUGCGCGCCUCCCUGCUGCGCGACGGCGUCGAGCUCGCCUCCUCCAUCAAGACCAUGACGCGCGGUGACAUCCAGAUGAUGAUGAUGAAGGUACCCAGCACCUCUGUGCGGGGCGACUACCGACUGCGCUUGGAAGGGGACCACCAGGGAUCGGUGGGCGGCACUGUCUUCUUCAACGAGACAAGGUUGCAGUUCGCUCAGCGCUUCCUCACAGUGCUGAUCCAAACUAGCCGGCCGCUCUACACAUUCGGCCAGUUCGUGAGGUUUCGUAUCGUCAUGCUGCGGACAGACUUGAAGCCCUUCGAUGACCCGGUAGACGUGUACGUACUGGACAGUGAUGGCUAUAUUAUGAGGCGCUGGCCAUCACAGUCGUCCAACAACGGUGUGGUGGCGCUGAGCUUCAAGCUGCCCGGCAUCGGCAAAGGCGGCUGGUGGCGCAUCCGGGUCAGCGUGCGUGGCCAGAUCGAGGAGAAGUUCAUGCGCCUCACCAAAGUCCGCAGCCAGCAGUGGGAGGUGUUCGUGUGGACGCCCACCUACUUCCUGCUCUCUGGCGAGAACAUCACUGGGGAGUUUUCUGCCGGCUACACCAACGACAAGAACGUGCGUGGUAACGCCACGCUGGAACUGUGGGUGCGCACUGGCUCACCCCUCACCGAGCGUGAUAAGGAGUACACGUUCGUGGCCUCGCAGACAUUCACCCAGUUUGACGGAGGCGAUUCUUUCUCCUUUCCGAUGGCAGCCCUUCAGGGGACAGUACCCAGACUGAACGAGGCUGAGGUCAAAAUAAUUACCCGGGUGAACGACUACUGGCUGAACCAGACUCAGGUGGGCUUCUGUAACUCCAAGCUCAUCAACUCGUCCGUGUCCAUCCAGUUCCUGGGCGCCGCACCUCAGCUGUACAAGCCGGGAAUGCCAUUCAAGGGACAGGUGCUGGUGACCUAUCAUGACCAGGCGCCACUCUCGCCGGAGACACUGCGCCUCUCCACGCUGACCAUCAGCUCGUCGGGCGACACUGCCGGCGGCGUGCGCAUCCCCAGCGAGGCGGAAGUGGCGCAGCAAGCCGCCUGGCGCAACGGCACUCUGUGGCUGCCGGCGCGCGGCGAGCGCCGGCUGGGCGAGGCGCGGCAUUUGCUGCCUGACGCCGAGCGCGAGUACCUUGCCGCCCUGCGAGACGACUAUCUGCGGCGGCACGAGUGGGCCGAGUACCGGGCCUCCGGCCUGCACCGGUUCGAGCUGGCGACGCCGCCGCGCGGGGGGCCGCUCCAGCUGACGGCCACGUUCAGCGCGGCCGACGGCGUCACGGCCGCAGCCUCGCUCGCGCUGCAGCCCUACUACUCGCUCGGCAGGAACAUGAUCUCCGUCAGCACGUCCAAUCGGAGGACGGAUGUUGGCCAGUACGCCGUGUUCCACGUGCGCUCCAACUUCCCCAUGUCGUACUUCUACCUCAUCGUGGUCAGCAAAAACCUUGUGAUCCACGGCGACCGGGUGCCGGUGAGAGACGCGAGCGGGCCUGCCGUCACCACCACCUCGCUGCCCGUCUCGGCAGAGAUGGCGCCCAGCUUCCGGCUGCUUGUGUACCACGUGACCAGCCAGGGCGUGGUGGUCACUGAUGCGGUUCAGGUGCCCGUCGAGGGGAUUAACCGCGGCCGGACGAAGCUGGUGCUGAACCAGCACAAGGACCACUCGAAGAACACCAUGGAGCUGGGCAUGUGGAGCACGCCGGGCGCCACCUUCUGCACCACCUCAAACCGGGCCUACCUCUAUAGCGUGCAGGCGGGUCACGACCUCAGCCGCACCUCGGUCCUCUCCAGCCUGCACUCGUUCGAGAACACCACCAGGAGCAUUCACCGCGCUCUGUGGCGCUGGAGGGACGGCAGCCGACCCAUGCAGACCGAGUACUACGUCACGCCCGACUACGGCAUCGACGCCAACACGUCCUUCGACUUGGCAAGCCUGGUGGUCUUCACGGACGCGCGUGUCUACUCCGCACCGGGCACAGAGUGUGGGGAGGGCGAGCUGCGCUGCCUCAUUCGCGGCUGCUACAACGCCACCAAGAGCUGUGAUGGCGUCAACGACUGCCCAGACGGGGCGGAUGAGGCCGGAUGCUGGUCGGACGUCAGUAACGAGGAGUCUGAACGGCGCUUUCGGCUGAGACGACGCUCCACCUUCAAUGACAUUUUCGACAUAGGAGACGGAGACUGGGCGUGGCUGCUGAAAAACAUCGGACACGAAGGAGGCGAGCAACAGGUUCUGGACGUUCCGGAAACCAAUGAUGAUUGGUACAUCAACGGCUUCAGCAUUAGCCAAAAGGAUGGCUUUGGUCUGGUGGAGGAACCUUUGCAUUACGUCAGUAACCGACCGUUCUACAUGACGAUGGAGCUGGUAUCGCAAAUUCGGCGCGGUGAGACCAUCUCGGCGCGCCUGCUGCUGGUCAACAACCAGCAGAUCGAGGUGCUGGCGCUGGUCGUCCUGCCCAGCAGCCCUAACUACGAGUUCGUGCACGUAGAGCAGCACGGUGUGAUCUCCCACAAGAACGUGCGCACGUCUUCCGGGGACCACCAGCACCUGGUGCCGGUGUCGGCCGAGGGUAGUGUCGAGGUGACGGUGCCGAUCAAGCCGCUGGUGGAGCUGGGCGACCUCGAGGUCACACUCAAGUGCAUUACCCAGUUUGGCCUGGAUGUGGAGUCUGCCACGGUGUCAGUUCAGGCUGAGGGCGUCCAGACCGGAGGUCACACGUCCUUCCUGCUGGACCUGAAGAACCGCGCCGUCGACCACAAGUUCCUCAACAUAAUGACGGAGCAGUCACCCGAGGUGCCGUACGCCACCUGGCGUCGCUUCGUCUACGGCAGCGUGCAGGGCUCGGUCAUGGUGUCAGGCGAUGUGAUCGGCCCAAUCUUCCCUGAGAGCUUCAUGACUAGCAGUUCCGUGUUCGGCAAGCCACUCAAGUGUCUGGACGGCACCGUCUUCAAUCUGGCCUACAACGCCUGGUCGCUGCACUACAUGCGGCUGACCAACCAGCUGACGCGAGCCUUCCUGCGUAGCGUGCUGGAGAAGAUGAACGUGCAGUUCAUCCUGAUCAUGAAGCGGUACAGACGCGGACCCUUCCUCUUCUACGACGGCGGGCGGCCCAGCGUCUGGGGGACAGCGUGGGCGGUGCGGCAGCUGCAGUACUCCCAGUUCCAGGACUGGGAGAACUACUUGUACGUGGAGCCGCGCAUUCUCUCCGAAGCCGCCGAGUGGCUCUGCCUCUUCCAGAACGCCGACGGCUCUUUCAACGAGACCAAGUGGUACGUGUACCCGCUCGACCAGAAGAUGGACCCGCGCUCCAAGAUCCCCGGCGAGGGUGACCGGAAGCGGCGGGUGCCGCUCACAGCUCACGUGCUUAUCACGCUGCACGCCGUCCAGGAGAAGCUGCAGGGCGGCGCCAAGGCGUCCGUGGCCACCGCCAAGAUCCGCGCCAUGCAGUACCUCGAGCGCAGCCUGAGCGUGUUGACCGACGCGUACGAGGUCGCCAUCACGGCCUACGCGCUCACGCUGUGCAACAGCGUCGACCGAGAGGUGGCGUUCAGCAAGCUGCACGUGGCGCGCCGCGAGGUGGAGGGCAUGUACUACUGGGCGCGAGCGCCGCUGGCGACCCUGGAUGUCAGCCGCGAUGUGAACCAACGGCCUUACCUGGAGCCCAAGAGUGAGACGCUGUGGGACGCGCAGGGCGUGGAGGCCACCUCGUACGCGCUGCUCGUGUACCUGCUGCGCGACGGCGUCGGCAUCGACCAGGAGAAGAUGGUGCUGUGGCUGAACAGUAUGCGCCAGUACAACGGCGCCUGGAUCUCCACGGUGGACACGAUCGUGGCCAUGCAGGCGCUGACCGAGUACUCGUUCCGCGCCCGGCUGCGUGACAUCACCGACAUGCAGGUCACUAUCGAGUCGUCCGGCCUGCGCGACUUCCAGCGGGUGGUGCAGAUCGGCAACACCACCGCCGGCCAAGUCCGCACCGUCGACCUGCCGAACGUCUGGGGCCACGUCAACGUGGUGGGCACGGGCGCCGGCCAGGCUGUGGUCCAGCUGGACGUGUCUUACGGCUUCGACCGCGAGAACCUCAAGGACACGCCGCCCGUCAAGUCGUUCGAGCUGCUGGUCCGCGAGAACGCAGUCCAGGAGGCGCGCAACAAGUCCAUCAUCCACGUGGAGGCGUGCUACAGAUGGAUGCACACGGAGGAGUCGGACGUGAGUGGAACCACCAUUCUGGAAGUAGAGCUGCCCAGCGGCUACCGGAUUGACCAGCACGUGGCCAACGCUGACGUGCGGCGCAACAAGCGCAACCCCAACAACACUCUGAUGAGCGCCAAGUCCGACACAGACAAGGUCUACUGGUACAUUGACCGGGUAUACAGCAACUUCACGCAGUGCUUCAACUGGACGAUCUACCGCCGCUAUCUGGUGGCCAACUACACGGCGUACCGCUCGGCGCGCAUGUACGAGUAUUUUGCGCCGGAGCGGUUCGAGAUGCAGAUCUUGAACUCCACGGAACUGAAUGUGGUCGACGUGUGUCAGGUGUGCGGCUCGUACCAGUGCCCGUACUGCCCUUGGUAUAGUGGCGCCGCUGCACGGGUUCCAGGCGCACUAGUGGUGGCGCUGGCCGUGCACCAGGUGGCCAUACUGGCGCUGGACCUGACCUAGCGGCGUUGGCCGGGCGUGGCAUGGUGCAAUGAGAACAGCCAGAAAGCAGGUGUGCCAUAAUGAUGAUCCUUCAAGUAUGACAGUUGUCGCAAUAUGCCGCAUAUUUGUAAAUGCUUGAUGUGAUACGUAUGCGAGAAUACUGCUCACUAGAAGCUAGUUUUGUUUGUUGCGGCGAUGGCCUGUGACGUUCGACCGUUUGCUCAGGUAUAUUUCCUCAAUCCGGGACCUCUUGGUGGUUGGCCGAGCACGCUCAUAAAGGGAAGCAUGGAGUGCCUUUCAGUAACUCUGCAACGGUUGGUCGCAGUGAAAUGUGGCAGUCUUAGGCACUGAAAGAUUUGGCGUUCGUCCGUGGAAUGUAAUUGGUGACAAGGUCUGAGGUACUGUCGAGGAGAGAGUGGAAUGUAGUUGGUGACAAGGUCUGAGGUACUGUCGAGGAGAGAGUGGAAUGUAGUUGGCGACAAGGUCUGAGGUACUGUCGAGGAGAGAGUGGAAUGUAGUUGGUGACAAGGUCUGAGGUAAUGUCGAGGCGAGAACGUAGGUGUUGGUGCAUUUUCUGUACUGUUCCGCAUCUUUAUGCAGUGUCGCAUGGUUUGGUAUCAUCAGAAAACGGAAUUUUUGCCCUCGUUUGACGAUGAAAACGGACGAACAAGAAAGACAUGGGCACCGAUAAAUUGAUCCGUUGUA